AUGGCCGCGCAAGCCCGGCUACUGCUCCUCCUCUCCACCCUAACAUUCCUAGAAGUCCACGCGGCGACAGCAGCAUCUGCCGCGACAAGCUGCGCGCCGAGGACAUGCGGCAACCUGACCAUCGCCUACCCGUUCUGGCUCCCGGACCAGCAGCCUUCCUCUUCCUCCUCGGCGCCGCCGUGCGGGCCGAGCGCCUUCCAGGUGGACUGCCGCGGCGGCCGCGCGUCGCUGGCGCGCUCGUUCCGCGGCGCCUACAAGAUCCUCCGCGUGUCCUACGCCGACCGCACCGUCGUGGUGGCCAACGACAACGUCCAGACCGACGCCCGCGGCUGCCCCGUGCCGCGCAUCGACGUCUCCGCCAGCCUCAGCUUCGCGCCCUUCACGGCCAGCAGCGCCAACGCGCAGCUCAUCUUCCUCUUCAACUGCACCGGCAGCCCGCCGCCGGCCGGGUUCGUCAACGUGACGUGCCCGGGGGCGCAGGCCGUGGUGCGGCUCGACCCGAGGUACAACACCACCGACGCGAGAGCGGUCGCCGGGGGCUGCGACUACUCGGUCGUGCCGGUGAUGGUGGGGUCCUCCGGCAGCGCGAGCGCCGGGGAGUAUCCGCGGCUGCUGAGCGGCGGGUACCUGCUGGAAUGGCGGGCGUCGCCUGGGGACUGCACGGCGUGCAAUGCCAGCGGCGGCCAGUGCCGGUACGACUCCGACGCGGAUGCGUUCGCCUGCAUUUGCGACGACGGGUCUUCACGUCCGGCAAGAUGCGAUGCAAAGAAGUCCAACAGGAAGGUGAUUCUGAUAGUGUCUCUGUCGAUCACAUUCGGCCUGUUGCUGGCACUCCUCGUCCUAAUCCUCAAGUUCCAUCGACAAAUACGCAGUUUCAGCAUAUUCAGCAUCAUGGACAGAAGCAGCAGCAGAGACACUGCAAACGUGGAAAAACUGCUGCAGAAGUACGGAUCACUCGCCCCCAAGCGCUACAGGUACUCCGAGCUGAAGAGAAUAACCAAAUCUUUCCAGCACAAGCUCGGGGAAGGCGGCUACGGAGCGGUGUACAGCGGCAUCCUGACCGCCGGCGCCGGCGGUAACCGCGCCCGCGCGCGAGAGGUCGCCGUUAAGUUCCUGCACCACUCGAGACCCAACGGCGAGGAGUUCCUGAACGAGGUGAUCAGCAUCGGCCGGACGUCCCACGUGAACAUCGUCACCCUCCUGGGGUUCUGCCUGGAGGGCUCCAGGCGCGCGCUGGUGUACGAGUACAUGCCCAACGGUUCGCUGGACAGGUACAUCUACGCCGAGGACCCGGCGGGCACGGCGCUGGGGUGGGAGGCGCUGCAGGAGAUCGCCGCCGGCAUCGCGCGGGGGCUCGAGUACCUGCACGAGGGGUGCAGCACGCGGAUCAUCCACUUCGACAUCAAGCCCCAGAACGUGCUCCUGGACGCCGACCUCCGCCCCAAGAUCGCCGACUUCGGGAUGGCGAAGCUGUGCAACCCCAAGGAGAGCAUCCUGUCGAUGGCGGACGCGCGGGGCACCGUCGGGUUCAUCGCGCCGGAGGUCUUCUCCCGCGGGUUCGGGGUCAUCUCGACCAAGUCCGACGUGUACAGCUACGGGAUGCUGCUGCUGGAGAUGGUCGGCGGGAGGAGCAACGCCAAGGCCUACGCUGAGAAUAAGUCCACCGGCGACCUCUUCUUCCCGCUCUGGGUGUACGACCACAUGCUUGAGGACGGCGACGGCGUGCUGCAGGGCAGUGGCGCGGGAGGCGCCGGAGAAGCAGGCGAGGAGAUCGCGAGGAAGAUGGCGCUGAUCGGGCUCUGGUGCAUCCAGACCGUGCCCGCGAGCAGGCCGUCGAUGAGCAGGGUGCUGGAGAUGCUGGAGAGGAGCAUCCACGAGAUCGCCAUGCCGCCCCGCCCGUACCACACUUCUCCGUCCAACUCCCCGUCGCCGUCUCACCCGUCGAGCUAUCCGUCCUCCACCUCGGAUUUCACCCAACGGUGA